CCGGUAGCGGCGGGUAGCCGCACCUGGGGAUCGGAAGGGGCGGGGGUCUGCGGGGAUGCUGCCUCUGCGUGGCGUGGGGCACUGGGAGGGCCCCGUGGGUAGGUAGGGUCUUCCCCAAGAUCUGGGUUACGUCCAGGCCCCAGAGGACAGGAGAAGAAAACAUCCUCAAACUGCAGCGGGAGGGGCCCAGGGCACCCCCGCCCCCAGCCAGGGCAUGGGCUCGGGAAGGUGCAAUCAGCCCCCCGUGGGGGCUUCCUCCCAAUGCUCUGGAGGAAGGAAUGGGGCUGCUGACCUCUUCCCACCUGGGCCACUGAGAGUACUGGAAGCCGGGACUGGGCUUUCUGAGAUCUUCACCUGAGUAAGGAAGGGGAAGCUGGAGGAGGCUUCUGGAGGAGGUCAGACCCCAGACUUAGAAGGCCACAUGCAACUGGGUACACCUUGGGACCUACCCUGGUGAGAGAUGUGUGUGGUGGGGUGAGGGGAAGACCAGCCAGAGCUGUAGAUAGCACGAGGAAACUCCCAGGACACCUGCGUGGAAGGGCUGCUUCUCAGCCCCUGUGACUGGCCUUUCCUCUUCAGGUAGAGGGGCCUUUUGGGAGAGGCAGCCUGUUCUCCAAAUUCCAAAGAACAUUUUUAGUAAAGUUUUGCUCUGGAGGCUUUAGUGACUUUUGGUCCCGACCCAGCAGCCCUGCCUGAGGAAAGAAGCUGAGGCUUUUUAAAUUAGCCCCAUUCUCAUCCCUCCCUAACUGUUCGUGAAUCAUUCCUAGCCCCUUUCCCUUCUUCAUGGAAAACUGGGUCCCUGUAGCCCAGAACUUAGCCAUUUCUUCACUGCUUGUAUAUCUGUGGGUAUUAACAUACACAACUGAACAUGAGUUCAUGUUUGUGUGCUCACAUACAUGUACACAUGUACAUACAUGCAUACACACGUAUGUGUAGGUAUGUGUCUGUGUAUAUAUGUACGUGUGUCUAAGCCAAAGCUGCCCACAUCCAAUGGUACUGGGCUGACUGUAUACCCUCCCUCAGCAAACAAUCACACCUCCCCAGAUCUUCCACCCAUCCCAACCUUUGCCCUUUAAUUAAACUCCAUUGGUCUCCACGCACAUGGUAUGAUCUGCUUCACCACUUCCCUCCCCCCAUCCCAACUCCCCAUGGCUAUUCCUGCAGCUUCCCCCCCCCCCUUCAAAGCAUGCUGGUUAAUGUUUUACUGAGGAAAGGACCAAAGCCUAUGGGGAUGGAUGGUGUUGUGAUAUUCUGUUGGCUGUGAUUCCAGGCAUUAUCCUUGGGCUCUGCCCCCAAUUCUUCCUAGGUCUCCAUCUGGGAACCUCCCGCUCCUCCAUCAAAGAGGAAUAGAGGCCCUAAGUCUUCUGUUUGUAUAGAGGCAGGCUGUGCCCAUGCCUGGAGUUGACUCCAGCCUCAUCUCUUUCUGUUAAAGUUCUCCCUUGGCUUCAUGGCCCAUCUCAGGUGCUACCUUCUCCAUGAAGCCUUCCCUGAAUCCCCUCAUCCCCCAGGAUCGUAGAAAGCCAGGACACACCUGAAUGUGACCACGACUCCCAGGGCCUCAGUUUCCCUGGACUGUGAUCCCUUAUGAUUUUGUGACGUCAUCUCCCCACCACUGGCUUCCCCUUUACUCUUUCCCUGGUCCCCCGCUCAGGAGGCUCCUGGGGGCUCUCGGGGUCUGGGCUACCCUUGGGUCCCCUAGGAAGAUGUGGGAGGGGCUUGGGCCCCUCCUUCUGUGCCUCCUUAUGGUCUCUUCUGCCCCUGGUCCCCCACCACGGAGACCGGCCAGAGAGCUGGAUGCCACGCCAAGGACAACUAUCCCUUACGAAGAGCUCUCCGAGGCCCGACACUUUGGGGGUCAUGCCCAUAAUUAUUCUACAUUGCUGUUGGAGGAGGCAUCAGGAAAGCUGCUCGUAGGGGCACGGGGUGCCUUGUUCUCUCUUAAUGCCCAAGACAUCGGAGAUGGAGCCCACCGUGAGAUCCGAUGGGAAGCAUCCCCAGAGACUCGGAGUGAAUGUGUCCGGAAGGGAAGAAAUAACCAGACUGAGUGCUUCAACCAUGUCCGGUUCCUGCAGCGUCUGAAUGCGACGCAUCUCUAUGCUUGUGGGACUCAUGCCUUCCAGCCACUGUGUGCUGCCAUCGAUUCUGAAGCCUUCACUUUACCCCCUAGCUUUGAGGAGGGGAAGGAGAAGUGUCCCUAUGACCCAGCCAGGGGCUACACAGGGCUGAUUGUUGAUGGUGGCCUCUACACUGCCACAAGAUACGAGUUCCGGAGCAUACCCGACAUUCGUCGGAGCCGUCAUCCCCGCUCCCUACGAACUGAGGAGUCCCCCCUACACUGGCUCAAUGAUGCAGAGUUCGUAUUUUCUGUCCUCAUCCGGGAAAGUGAGGCCAGCACUGUGGGAGAUGAUGACAAAGUCUACUAUUUCUUCACGGAGCGUGCUGCAGAGGAAGGUAGCGGCUUCUCACAGAUCCGGGGACAUAGGGUAGCCCGUGUAGCCCGAGUUUGCAAGGGUGACCUUGGUGGAAAGAAAAUCCUACAGAAAAAGUGGACAUCUUUCCUGAAGGCCCGGCUGACUUGUCACAUCCCCCUGUAUGAGACCCUGCGUAGUGUCUGUAGCCUGGAUGGGGGUUCCUGGGCCCACACACGCUUCUAUGCAGCAUUUAGCCUGGCUGCUCAGUGGAGGACCCUGGAGGCCUCAGCCAUCUGUCGUUAUGACCUGUCUGAUGUCCAGGCAUCCUUCUCUGGCCCCUACAUGGAGUACCAGGAUGGUCCACGUCGCUGGGGUCGAUAUGAUGGGACUGUGCCAGAGCCCCGACCAGGCUCGUGCAUCACAGAUGGCCUCCGAAGGCGGGGCUACAACUCCUCUCAGGACCUGCCCUCCCCUGUCCUGGACUUCGUCAAGUUGCACCCACUCAUGGCCCGGGUCGUGGGGCCAGCCCGGGGGCGGCCCCUCCUGCUGAAGCGGAACAUUAGAUAUACUCGUCUUGUGGGGACCCCUGUUACUGUGCCAGCUGGCCCGACUUAUGAUGUGCUCUUCCUGGGGACAGCUGAUGGCUGGAUCCACAAAGCCGUGGUCUUGGGCCUUGGGAUGCACAUUAUUGAGGAAGCCCAGGUGUUCAUGGAGCCCCAGCCUGUGGAGAACCUGGUCAUCUCCCUUGCCCAGCACAGCCUGUAUGUGGGGGCCCCCAGUGGGGUUGUCCAGCUGCCACUCUCCCGAUGCUCCCGGUAUAGCUCCUGUUAUGAUUGUAUCCUGGCCAGGGACCCCUACUGUGGCUGGGAUCCUAGUGUCCGGGCCUGCCAGGAAGCUGCCAUGGCACCCAACAGGACAGCUCUGAUCCAGGACAUGGAGAGAGGCAACCGUGGCUGUCAGGGCAGCGUGACUAUAGAACCAUACCUGCCAUCCAGGAACCGAUCUGUACUGAAGGGGGAUGAUGUGCUUCUACCCUGUGACCAGCCAUCCAAUCUGGCCCGGGCCUCAUGGCUACUCAAUGGGAGUCGGCUGCUGAUGGAUGGGAGGGAUGGCUACCGUGUGGGUGUGGAUGGCUUACUGGUGAUGGACACCCGGCCAGAACACAGCGGUCACUACAGCUGCUACGCAGAGGAGAACGGGCUCCGUACCCUGCUGGCCUCCUAUGGCCUCACAGUGCAGCAAGCCCUCCCCACCCCAGCCGUAGCCCCAGGCCUGGCUCCCCCAGCCCUUGGUGCCCACCUGACCCCAGAUGUUCGUCUCCUUUAUGUGUUGACCAUUGCAGCCCUGGGUGGCCUCUGCCUUGUUCUGGCCUCUGUGCUCCUCUAUGUUGCCUGCCUUCGAGGCAGCGGCCGCCGACGCAAGUAUUCACUGGCCAGAGGUACCGGCAGGGCAGGGGGCUCUGCUGUCCAGCUGCAGACAGUCUCUGGUCAGUGCCCUGGGGAAGAGGAUGAAGGGGAAGAGGGGACAGACAGGGCAGGAGGACCUGAGGGGGGUGGCCUCCGGAUAAUUCCUGGGGAGGGGACCCCAGCACCUCCUCCUCCUCCUCCCCCACCCCCCCCCACCGAGCUCUCCAACGGGCUGGCUGCAUUACCCAGCCGUCUGAGGAGGAUGAAUGGUAACAGUUAUGUAUUACUGCAGCAGAAUGAGGACCGGGCACCUACUCUACCUUGCUCCUUCACAGAGGAGCUCAGCCGAAUUCUGGAGAAACGGAAGCACACACAGCUGGUGGAGAGGCUGGAUGAGAGCUCCGUCUAGGCUGGCCUCCCACCUCCCACCAGUUCCCAUCUCCCUUGGUCUCUGGCCCUGGCCUCCUGGCCUAGGUCCUUCUUUUCCCUCCCCCCAAACUCCACCAGCCUUCCAGCCCCUAACUUGCCCUCUCCAGCUUCCAGAGCUGACUUUCAGACUGACACCCUUCGUUCAAGCUGGUCCUUUAGCCGUUAGCCUUCUAGGCCUUAGCCCUACUCAACUCCUACUACAGGGGUCCGAGUCAUCACUGUCCUGUACCACAUAGCAGAAUGUCUUCCCAUGUCCCACUUGAGACCAUCCUCAAAUGAUUGAAUGGGGCCACUGGUCAGGGGUCUGGGCCCCCAGGCCUUUAGCCUUCCCUCAACCACCCUUUGCAGAACCUGUGACCUCAAAGAGUGAGCUACAGAGAGGUAGGUCUGCUUGUGGAGCACCACCCCCUAAUUCCUAAAAGAAGGGGUGGGAGGUAGCUGGAAUUCCACGACAUCCUUCUUCCCCCAAGCUGAGAAGACACAAGGGGGCAGUUGGCAUGUAGACAGGGCCUCUUGCCCAGUGACUGCGCUGUUUCAAAGAGCCCCUGUCUCUUUCCAGCACUACAGCUGCAUGUUGGGCUGAGGGCAGAGGGCAGCUGCAGCAGAGCCUCCUGUUUGCUGUCUGCUUCCCACCUCCUGCCUCGGUGCUGAGUUCUAAAUGGUGACUGGAGAAGUCUGAGACCCUGCUCCCCACACUGUGCCCAACAGCCCCUCUCUGUGCUGGAUAGGUCUAGCAUUGCAACCCCUGAGCAGUGUGUGUGCAUGUGUGAGGGAGCAUGUCUGGUGUGCACGUGUGUCUGCCUAGGUGAUACACCCUCCCCUUUUCCCAUAGGUAUACCUGGGUUAUAUUUCUUCUACUUAAGGGUAGCACAUACCCUGCCCAAUCCCAUCCAGUUCUGCCCUUCCAACCCCAAUCCUCUGUGAUGACACCCCUGCCCCCACCCCAGCUCAGGGCUUUGUCUCCAAGUUUGGCACUGAGAGGAAGCAGCACAUAGCUCCAGAAUUGUCUUCUCCACACACACCUCACAUUUCUGCUCACACCUAUACAUGCUCAUAAACAAGGUAACAUGCACUGAGCCCCCCCAGGCCCUGCCAAGAAUGAGAUGGUGGCUGCACUGUCCCUCCCUUCAUUGCCUGGGGUUCCCAACCUGUUUCUGACAUGUUUGGUUCAUGAACAUUUCAUGGGAGUGACUUCCCCCAAGACCGUCUCCCUCCCACUCCCACUGGAACUAUGCAAAGGGCAGGUAGUAGGCAGGCUGGGAGAUGGGAUUCCUUGGUCCUGCCUCUGUCCUACUUCACUGUGGUGCUGUAGGGGUCCUUGGGUCAGUGAAGGUGUAAGACCCCAGGAUGAGGUGGGACAAUCAAAACCCCCUGACUGGGGUUGUUAACCCCAUUGGACCAGGAUGAUGACUGUUAUUGAUGCUGGGAGAGAACCCAGGACUACCAUGUUUUUACUGCCCUUCAAACAGCGCCAUGAACCCUUCCCUUCCCCCAGCCGAAUGUAUUUAUUAUGAGAACCAUGGAAGGGCUCUAUUUUAUUACUAACCCCUGGGGGAGGACAAAGUAGGGCAGAGGACAGAGAGCAAGUGGCUCAGCUGGGGAGGGGGUUGGGACAUGGGCUCAUCUCCCCACUUCCUUCCUGUUGGUCAGUAAAUAAUGUCCUCUAAAC